AUGCACGCAUGUGAAGCAACUUCGAGUCGCUCUGUGCAAGUUUCACUUCUCGGACUCGCACCAUCGAUCGGGUUGGGUAAUCUAGGGAACUUUCUGCGCAUUCGACUCCAUGUCAUAGUGUUCGCAAUCUCAGUUCUCGGACUGACGAAUGCACAUGCGCAGCAGCUGGACAUCAAUGAAUCGAUGCGUGUUUACCGGACGAUUGACAGCUGGGUACGCGACUUGAGCGUCCCGGAUGAACUGGGUGAACCCGUCCCCGCACUCAGCGUCGCGAGUGUCACGCUGCGUCUGGAUGGUCAGGUCAUCGGGAGAGGGCAGAUUGUCCACGCAACACCAAAUGAGAUGGCCGUCGCACAAGCAACGCUCAGCGCGAUCGCACAAGCAAACCAGUGGGUCCGCAACCGUGCGGAUGUUGAGCCGAGUGAAGAAGUCUGGGAAUCCAUUGCUUCGCGGAUGACACUUAGCGUUGAGCUUGCGCAAGACCUUGUCCCGAUGAGUGAAGAUUCGCUUGCGCAGCACGGCUUGGGUAUGUCUCAAGGUGUUCAUGCGCUCGCGAUGCGUCUUGGUGAGCGUGCCGAGAUUGUGACCGCUGAUGAGAUGUUCGCGCUCGGGAUCGGGAUGGAUCGUGCCGCGUAUUCCAUGGCGACUGAACUCUCUGGAGACGGCGCCAUGUCGCUCGCGUCGAUCGGAGAGCUGCUCUCGCGUGGAUACGAGUUCGCUCGAUGCGAACCGAUCUGGAUCGCGCAGUCUGCAGAGGGUCGUGGGGGGGUGUUCAUUGAUCGUGGAGGACGAGUGAUCGAGGAGUCCGCGAUCGGACUCAAGUCCAUCCGAUCUAUGGCGGAUCAGCUUGCAUCGUUCCUCGUCGCACAACGCUGGCCAGGUAGCGAGGCAUACGGGAUGGUCGGAUCGCGCGAUGUGAUCAGUGGACGAUCGAAUCCCGAAGUCGCGCCAAUCUAUGAACAAGCACUCGUCGCGUACGCUCUUAUGAAGUACGCCGAUGACAUGGGUGAUCCAACAAAGCUCGCCGCGCGUGAGUUCGCGAUGGACCUGCUCAGUGCGAUCGCAGAGGUUCAGCCCGGAGAGCCGGCGCCUUGGGACGAUCAAAUCGGGAGUGCCGCGUGCAUGCUCGCGUUCACAGAGUACGGAUUCGGAUUGCGGCCCGAUACAUUCGCGGCACUUGAAAGACGCUGUACCGAAACGCUCAACAAGACCUACACGCCGAUCGAUGGAUUCGCAUCGUCGCUUCCGCCCGCGGCUCAGGGACUCGUGGCGCACGCAUUGGUCAAGAUCAACCACGAGCACGCCGAGCAUGCGGUCCGAGCCGUGUUCCGUGACACACAAGCGGGUGAGUUGGUAGCGCAGAUGCCUUUCCUCGGAUGGGCCGAGCUCGAACUUGCGAAAGGUAGGGAACAAGUCCCUGCAUCCGAAGCACUCAACCAGAUGCGUGCAUUCGUUUGGGGGCAUCAACUCGGCAAAGCCGACCUCGACUGGCGCGAUCGUGAUUACAUCGGUUCCGUCGUGUUCACCAAAGGCACCAAUCGGCUGCCCGGGAGCGAGAACAUCCGUCCCAUCGCGUUCCUGUGCUCGAUGCUCGGAGAUCCAAGACUCACCCAAGGCACCAUCGCGGACUUCGAGGUCGCAAGCGAGAUCGGACGCGUCGCGGCUUCGAUGCGCUUCGUCAAUCAACUGAUGGUCGAUGACACGAGCAGCUUCCUGAGCAGAGCGCCGCAGAGGAGUAUCGGCGGAGUGCGCCAGUCCCUGACGGAUUGGAAUGCGAGCCCCGUCUCGUCAGCCUUGGCGCUGCUCGCGGCUCUGGAGUUUGAGGAUUCCGUCCGCGCGAUCGGUGCUCGACAAAUUCCUGAUCCGAAGCCUUGA